GUGUGCUCGUGUGCUCGUGUGUGAAACGUGCCUCACAGUGAGGAGUGAGACGAAACGGGGGAGGUGGGAAGAGGGGGAGGAGUGAAAACCAAGCAAGCAAGCAAACAAAGGCUGACCCAAGGGCUCAGAAAACGUCAAAACACGGCGACGCGUCACCGCGGCAAACAAGAGCCUGCUUCGAUUGCUGCUGUUGGAGCAAAACGCAACAAUCCGCGGCACUGAAGAUGUGCGAACGACGAGGAGGGUGGUAGUGCGUGCAUGACGACGUGUGCCCUGUGUGUGUGUGUGUGACUGUGUGUUACAUAAAAAACGUAGUAGGCAGUGGCAAUGUGCUCCCACGUUCGGGCCUUCGUUGGGGCGGCGGAAGGCCUACCAGAGCCGUGCCCAGCAGCGUGUGCGUGAAUGGCCGUCGCCGUUUUCUUUCUUGUACGGAUUUUCACCAGUGAAAAGUGAUUGAAGUCAGUCGGCCCCAUAAAGAGGUGGCCGCGUGCAAACGAAGCCUCCCUUGCGUCGCCAAACACUGAACGAGUGACAAAUGGUGUCCAGUUGUGCGGGUCGGUGUGUUGCUACCUGAAAGGUGACCGUGUUUUUUCACCCCUCUAUGGUAUUCCAUCCUUCUUUCUAAACACAAGAGUGGCCAGGCAGAAGAAAAGUGAAGGGGUAGAAGCGCCCAAAAGCAUCCCUUAAAGCGCUUUUGCGGAAAGAAAUCGACCAGCCCGCGGCGCCCCAGCAGUGAGCGUGUGUGCGGGAGAGAGAGAGCGAGCGUAGUGCGCGCGUAUGUUGCACGAGAGCUGUGGGUGAGCAGAAAUCCUUGUUUCCCCUUGCCCUCCACUGUAAAGCCCCAGUUCCACUUGCCAGGCUGGUCGUGAUUCCCCCUGCUUCCGUGGAAACAUCUUCCUUCCGCGGCGGACAUCAUCGCUGGCGCUGGCAGCCGUUUUCUGUGGCUGUGGAGGUCGCACAAAAGUCGUCCCCGUUCCGGACGUGUUGAAUUGAGCGUCUCGCUCGUGUGUGUAUGUGUGUGUUUCCGCUUUCCGUGUCCAGAGUGUGUGGGUGUGUGAGAGUGAUUUUUGUUGUUGUUGUUGUUCCGGAAGGGCCCUUUUUCUUGCCCGUCCUUCGAGGCAACUCUUUAAAGCGAAACCAACUUGACGCGCAGCACAACCAAUACCAUUGCCAAGGAAAGGUACGCCGUUGACCGUGAACCCACACACGCGUUAGGGUGGUGGUGGUGGUGAGCAGUGUUGGUGAAACGGUGACAAUUCGCUGGUGAAAGGCAGCCUGUCAUCGGAACAGGUCAAUCAAGCGCGGCAAGAAAGGAGGGCUGCCGAGUGAUACGAUGGUGAGAUUAGCUCGCACAGAGAAGAGUUUUCGCGGAGAUUAAUGCUUAGCGUUGGAAAAAUCUAUGACAAAAUGCUUUUUCUGUUUAAACAAUAUCGCGAGAAGUGUGCUUUCUUACCCCUUUUUAUGGUGUGCCGUACAUCAAAAUAGUGUACAGAUAGCGGUUUAAGCAUAAAUCAACGAAACAUAUCAUGUCGCCGUCAAGCGAGCACCUUUCCAGCAUCAUUUUGUGCACCGAGCGAAAGGAAUCGUCCGUUAGAAUAAGAUCAAGAAAGCCAAAAUGAGCAUCAAAUAGCACCAGCCGACGAUGGCGAUGGAAUUAAAGCCCCCUAACAAGCAUUACAAGGGCUUUUAAAAGAACAAACCGAAGGUAGCUUAACCUUCAACGAUACAUAUCAUGUAAAAGUCUGAGAAUGAAGUGAAGGGUAGUGUGCGCAUCAUCCGCAACAAAUGCAUAUCAGCAAAUUGCCUCGUGGAUACCACAGUAAACUGUACACUAUAGCGUCGGUAGUGAGCAAAUCCGUUUUUUGAUAAGUAAAUAGUGUACACCCCAAACAAAAAGAAAGCUUUACAAAAUAUUAGUGUAAGUGAACGGUUAUAUGAGAGCAUGAAAGUAAAGUUCGUAGUAAAUCAAAGAUCUCAUACAUAUCAUAAUCAAAGUGAGCGUGAAGCGUUGAAGUGAAAAAAACGAUACCAGUUAAGCGUUUAUACUCGUUAAACCACCCUGUGCGUAUGCAAUUUGCACAGCAAAAGGUGUUACUGUGCCACAGGAUUUAGUUGCGAUACGUGCUUGAAAACCGGACGGCACACGCGGUGAAGCCCCGACACCAACAGCUGAACUACAGCAAACCCGGGGAACAAUUUUGGAGUCCUUCCUGCCAGCCAGCACACCCACCAACCCCGGGCAAACCAAACGAACAUCCCCUCCCACCCCGGGUCAUCCGGGUAGCGGUAUCGCGCGAUGCCGCUGCACCUCAUGCAUCACGACGGCAGCAGAUGGCACUGUCGGAAACGGAAAUAAUAGAAGAUCGAUUUUGCUGUCACCGGGCGGCACCGUCGGGUCGGUGCCGUCGCCGUUCGCACCAUCGCCCGCACCGAUGCCCACGAAACGGCGCGGCGACCAAUUGAGGGAUUGUUCCGUCACCUUACCAUUGGAUAUUCUAUGGUUACCCAAAGCGGCUAUGAGGCCCUUCGGGCCAGAUUCUUCACACUCCGACUGCGUCCUCGUGGUAGGCGUAUCGAGGCCUAAGCUGGCAGCGCUCUUUCUCUCGGUGAUGCUGCUGUCGCUCUUUCUCACGUUUCACAUCCUGUACGACAGUGCGGUGUACAGCAUACAGGCGGCCACUGCAAUUUCGGAGAACAAAAUUUCCAUCCUAACAAAUCACAUACCCAAUCCACCGGUGAUCAAUCAACCCGUCGUGUUUCCGAACCGAAUACACUUUCCCAAAACUAGCCGUAGGUUACCACAAUGUUUAAUAAUCGGAGUGAGAAAGUGUGGCACACGCGCCCUGCUCGAGAUGCUGUACUUGCAUCCAAGGAUACAGAAGGCCGCCGGCGAGGUGCAUUUUUUCGAUCGCGACGAAAACUACCUGAGGGGGCUCGAGUGGUACCGGAAGAAGAUGCCACACUCCUUCCGUGGCCAGAUAACGAUCGAGAAGAGCCCCAGCUAUUUCGUGACACCCGAGGUUCCGGAGCGGGUCCGAGCGAUGAAUGCGUCCAUCAAGCUGCUGCUAAUUGUAAGGGAACCCGUAACGAGAGCAAUAUCCGAUUACACACAGCUUCGAAGUCACGCAGCAACGGCAACACUACCCCAGCAGCAGAGCCUCUCGUCAACUUCGCCUCUGUCGAGGUCGUUUGAGGAGCUGGCCCUUUUGCCGAACGGUACGGUCAACGAGGCGUACCGACCGCUAGCCAUCUCGCAGUAUCACGUGCACGUGCACCGGUGGCUGGAGGUGUUCCCCCGCGAGCAAUUACUGGUCGUCAACGGUGACCAGCUUAUCGACGAACCGGUUUCGCAGCUGCGACGAAUAGAGGAUUUUUUAGGCAUCGAGCCACGGAUCGGUAGCAAUAACUUUUACUUCAACGAAACGAAGGGCUUCUACUGCCUGCGGAACGAGACGGGCGACAAGUGUCUGCGGGAGACGAAGGGCCGGAAGCACCCGCGCGUCGAUCCGGUUGUGAUAUCGAAGUUGCGUAAGUUCUUCGUGGAACACAAUCAAAAAUUCUACGAGCUCGUCGGCGAGGAUCUCGGCUGGCCGGAAGAGUAGGCCGGCGAUGGUGCCGAGUGUGUGUAUGUGUGUGCUGGCCGAGAGGAUGCACAUCCGCUGCAACAGAGUGGAGGCAGGGGAAAAAAUCCAAUCGGACAAGUGGCUGGGUAUACAGCAAACAACAAACACGCAUACACAACCAAACAUGUGAGACUGAAUCGGAGCGGAAGCGGAACACCAGCGGUGGCGGCAGGUAAGCGAAGGAUGGAUUGGCGAACCGAUCGAGGGGGAAAGUUGCGGCCAAUUUACUUCGAUUUCAACCCAUCGCACGGGAAACGGUGCAACGGGAAUGCAGCUGUUGGCCGGGGAGAGUGUUAUUUGUGUUACUUUUCUGCCGUUCGAAAGGUUCGAUCUGCGGCAAAAGUUUGCAACAAUGCAAUGGUUCGCUGAGAUGGGGGGAGGAAAGGCUCGCAAGCAAAGUGAGCGCAAGUUGUUUUGUUGUUGCGUUAGUGUACGGUGGUUUUUGUUCGGUGCUCAAAACAUUCUGCAAACACACAUUAGAUAGGAAUUAAUUAAAACAUUUGCCUCCGUUGUUGCUUGCAGCUAACGAGUGGAGCAGGGUGGAGCUAAAAUGCAGUCGAUGAGAAGGGAAGGAUGAUGUGUUUUUUUGGUUUUGAUGAACUCUUCAUUUCAAAUACUUUUUGUUCAAUUUAAACACUGUUUCACGGAAUUAAAUGCCUCUGCAACUGUUUUGACCCAGGAACACGUUGGUUCACAGUCAUUGAAAGUUAAAUGUGUCUCUAAGUUCCCUAUUUUUCUCCCCAAAACACCAUAUUUUGACACAAUCUCUCGAAUUUUAUCUCCAAAAGAACAAAUAUUUGCUUAAUUUUUAUAAAUAUUUGUCCUUAUAGGACGAGUUUUGGCCAAUAAAUUGUCCUAAAAUCAGCUCAAAUGCCUAUUUAACUUAUAAAUAAAGUCUAACAUUCAGGCCUUUUCUUUCUCCAGCUAACGAGCUGCAAUUUCAAGCUGUCAGUGGAACAGUAUUCAUCAUGCGGGUUGCAUCCAUGUGACAGUUACGGUCCGCGAUAUUGGAUUUCAGCUAUUUCUUACAAACAAGGGCGCUUUUAAAAAUUGUUUUCUUCUCCUUGUUCCGGUUCGAAAUAAGUUAUAGUACUUUUAUUAAACUUUCAAAUAAUAUAAAACAAUUUUUAACCUUUCUUGAUACAAUAUUUAUUCUUUAGCAAAAAAAAAAUGCAAUCCUCCAUGAGCUAACACUUGAUUCGCGCCAGCGACCAAUAGGCGUUUGAUUACAUAUUUUUCAGGCUGAAAUAAUCUAGGCUGAAAAUCUUACGCUACUUUUUUCCUGUGGUUUUGUAUGGAGUGUUGAUAUGAUUUUAGCAGCCAAGUUUCAAACUCCAUAUAAAACAGCUCGCUGAUAUUUUGAAAUCCCCCGUUGAUCAAUUUUGUUAAUUUACAGACAUAAAAUGGUGCAUUAGAAGCAAAUAAUGAACCUCUUGAAUUGAGUCUUAAAAACCAAAUUCAAUGUAAACUGCGCGAAAUUGAUGAUAAAUAGACAAGUUUAGUAUAAAGACAGGUAUAGAAAAGUAUUUCGACAUGAGAAACGUUUCAAUGCAUCUAAAUGUUCUAAAGAACAAAGAAGCAAUUUCUAAACAGCUCGCUUUGCUUUCGCCUUGUUUACUCUUGCCCAACAUAAUCAAGAAUUCGUAUUUAUUUAACAACUGCCAUCAACCAACCAAUCCCCUUGCCAAAAAAACGACCUAUCUCGUUCUCGCUCCACCACCAAGGAUAAGCGCGUUACUUCCAAAUCAUUUAAUGAUAUCCGAGCAAAAGGAGGAAUCCGUCCGUGUACUGACCAGCUCUGGUACAUAAUCAUACGGUCCCGGUCCCGGUUAAGGUAAGGUCAGUGCUCAGGCGAACCUUACCGUGCUAUAAAUAUUCUUUCCCGAGUCCCUCAUCGCGUCGCCCUAUCGCAAACACCCGUAAACCCGUGCACGUGCACAUGUUGGCAAAUGUGGCAUGUGGAAAUAUUUCAUGAGUCCCCAAUUUUGCUCCGUUUUGGCGGGUCCGAACGUAACGUUCGGACACACUAUCCAUUUCCCAAGACCUGUGGAGAGAUGACGGGUGGGGGCAGUAAACCCAUUCACCCAGCAGCCGGGUGUAAUGUAAUCGCUUUGAAGAGAGAAAGAGCGAGGAUGGAGAAAGUGGAAAGCUCACUUGUUCCACCCCAUUUCCCGGACCCACUGGCCGUUUGGCUAGGACGGGUUGAAAGUUGAAAAUAAUCGGUCGUUUGCGCGGGACAAAUUGAGCUGAAAUGUGUUCGCCUCCGACGGCCAUUGCCUGCUCGGCGAAUGCACUCUCUGCACACAAGCGAUCCCGCUUUCCCAUUCGGUCAUUCAGGAUGCAUCUUCCCCAGCCCUAGGGAUUCACGUCCAACAAACGGGCUGAGUCAUCUUCAGGCGACGCAUGUGAACGGCGACAUGUGCUGCGGGAGUGAAACGUGCGCCGCUGGUGCGGCUGAGAUGUCUGAGGCGUGCCGUUGGCGGUGGUUUCGUCUUUCAACUCGUGAAUCGUUGCGCCCGGGGGUUUGGAAUCGCCCUGCGGGACGAAAGGCAUUCGAACGGAGCCGAAAAUCCGAGCUCAUCGCAAAGUCCAUUCGAUGGUGAAUUUGCCAUUCCUCGCCAUUCCAUAUACACAUUCACGCUUGCAUUUGCCGUCCCGGCACGGAUUUUGCCGUUGCCCGGUUUGCAUGAAAAGUGGAGAAGGAUGGAUUAAGUUUUCGUACCCAAAAUUCAUCGAGGUCGCACGUGUGUGAGCGCAAGUGUACGUGACUUUUGCGAGUGCCCACCGACCCACCCACCCGCAUCGGGUAAGAGCAAUUGCGCCGUGGGAAGCGCGCAGGCGAAGGUGGUAAACAAACGCGCACACCGGCCGCGCUUCUCGUUCGUUCACUUUGUGGAACAGAAGAAAGCUCCUGCCGCACGAGCUGAUGAUGGAAUGUGGUGGUACUGCGGGCGAGGUUGCGGUUGUGGUGAGCUAUUCCCACUAUCAGGCAGUGUGUGGUGUUGGCGAUGCAAGCGACGAACAGGCGGGGUGGGAAAAAAACACACACACACACAAAACGAGUUGUGAAUCGUGAUAAAAACCGGCGGCCAUCGUUAGGAUCACGUAGCGUAUGGUCUAGUUUAUUUGGCGAGCAAACAAAGCAAAACAAAAAAUCCCAUUCUACCGUUUGGGUGUUGCAACAGGGAGGUGGGGGAAUGGGGUAGCAGGGGUUUCAAAUGGGGUGCGAAUUGGGGCAUUGCUGGCAAUCGAAAUCGAAAAACGCACACAUCCCCUUUUUUUUGAGGGACGACUUUUCGAUUUUGGCGCUCAACCGGGGAGCGUAUGUUUUAUGUUUGUGGUGAAGAGAGAGAGAGAGAGAGAGAGAAAGAAAGAGAUUGAUUGGAUUGUGAAAGGGAAAGAAUGUUAAGUAAACAUGGUUUUCAUUCAUUCGGAUGCGUUUAUGUUGAGCUGUGUCAAAGCAAUACAUUUUCACAGAUUGUAUCGCAUAAGUUCAACUUUUCAUCGUGUUACAUAUUUUUGCAAUUAGAAGAUCAAGUAAUACAUGAAAUAAAUAACAAAUUUGACCUUACAACUCAAAUAUUUUAACUUAAAAUGUGUACACUAACCUAACAAAAUAAACGCAAAUAAAAAUAACAAAUAAAAUAAUAUCAAUUAUUGGCCACAUACCGUCCCCUAAAAAGCUUCUAUUCCACUGAACAAAGAACUAUGAGUGACACGUAGCUGUUCCAACUGCUUUUUUACUCUCCCCUUUGUUCCGCUCCAUCUACGGGUGUGUGUGGGUGUGUGUGAGAGUGAAUUAAUCCGCAACCCGUACAGGGCACCAUGCGUCUCCAUCGGCAGGGAGUGCGAAACGCGCACACAAGAUGCUGCUGACUGCGCUACCGCUGACUAAUCCUAUUUGCAUCCUUCCUCUCUCUCUCUAUCUUCCUCUCUGUUGCAGUGUCAUUCUUUCCCAUUUUUCAACCGGAGAUGGCCACCAUCACUGUGUGGCCAUGGUCACCCACAACACCCCAACAAGAGGUUGUUUGGGAUUAAUGAAAAAGAUCCCAGGCGCGCUUCCAUAUGCAGCUGUCACGGCCAAACGACCCAAGCCAAUUCGUUAGCGUUUUGUUGACAAAUUUUGGCAUCCAACAUGCAACAUGCAAGAAGAUUAUUGUUUGUUUUGCUUUGUGCACAGUGGAGGGGUUUUUUUUUUCUUCUUUUUUUUAAAGAGAGUUGCAAUCGCAAAAAAGAGAGAGUUGCGCGUUUGUUGGACGAGCAAUACAUCGAUUGGCCAAAGAGCUACGCAGCAGAUUUUUUUUUUGUAAAAAGCAGAUUGUUUGAAAAGGAUUGUUUUAAAACAGUUGAAUUAUUUGCUUUAGAGUGCAGUUUGCAGAAGGAAAGAUAAUAACCAUGCAUUCAGAGAAAUGGUUCUUUCAUUAAUAUCAAACACAGUUGUACCACGAAAAUGGACCUCCGCUUGAAAUUAGUUGAUGAAACUUCCGGUGAAACACUCCAGGACUUUCCAGCUCGAUGAGCGCGGGGUGAAAAAUUAUCCUACUCCUCGCUGCCAGCGGUCAGAAAUUCCCGGCAACAACACCUUCAGAGCUCGGCCACCGUGAGUGGCCUUAUCGUGUCUUGUUGCCCGGUGUUCCGACACCGACACGUGAACGUGUACGUGCAUAAUGAGCCUCAAUUCCGGGAGCCACUGUUUCAAUGGUUCUUCCACUUCGUGGAACCAAAACCCGCCCGCGUACACGAAUGGAUGGGUAAUGAAAAAUCCAUUACAACUUCUGCACCAAAAGCGUCCGAGUCCGGCGCUGCUUGAAGCUCUUGAAUUUACAUCCGCACACCGCAAAGGUCAUUUCGAUUUCAUGUCCACGGGUAGAAGGCCUUCUUCCAACUACUCAGAACACAUGUGUGUGUGUGUGUGUGUGGGAUGUGGGUAUCGCGUGCAGCUAGCCGAUAAGUUGACCCCGUUCGGUGUCGGCGGAGGAGCACCGCACGGGUUUUGCCCCAUUCCGGGAAGUGAUUGAAAUCGGAACAAAAUUGUUGCAUCACGCCACGCGAUGUCCAGCUGCACACACACACAACUGGACACAACUGGACACAACCGGAAAAAAGUGCGCUUUCUGGUCUAUCUGGCCGAGCCCGAACGACAAAGUACCGAAAGUGUUUCUUUUGCACUCACCAAGUGAUCGAAUACUAUCGUGUAAUGGGCGUUGGAUUGCAUCCACUUUUUUGUCUCUCUCGCCACUUUUCACUUUGAUAAGAACCGGGGGUCUUCCGGGACCCGGGUUCAUUUUUAUCGCCCUUUGCCACUUCGAAGAAAAAUGCUGCGAACAAAACCAAAAAAAAAAAA